AUGUCCGAUCUCCUCUCACUUACCUACUAUUCCGAAGCCGACGACGAGUCGGAGCUGGUAAACCGGCCCGACAAGUCCUACGCCGUCCACGGCCAAGCCGGCUUCCUCGCCAUCGCCGUCGCGCUCGAGAUCCCCGUCCUCAGCGCCCAAAACAACGUCCUCGCCAACAUGAACCCCCUCAUCGACUUCGUCAACACCUCCGCCACCAUGGUCGCCUGGGUCAAGCAAAACAAGGAGGCCGGGAGAUUUAGGAGGCACGUGUCGAAGCACAUCGUCACGUCGGCGGACCCUCGCACCGACGACGCCCGUCACCUGGCGGCCAUCAUCAACGAGAUCCGGGUCUUGUCCGCCGAGGUGAUUCGCGAGAGCGACGUCGUCGUCGCCAUGCUCGGCUUGUCGUGGCAGGAGAUGCCUAGCAAAGGGCGAUUCUGGCCGCAAAUCAUCCUCGAGGCCGCCGACGAGGGCACCCUGACCGAAUACCUCCAGACAAGCAAGGUGAACUUCGACAACAAGCUCGCCAUCGCCAUUAGCGUCUCCCGCGGGCUCGAAUUCCUUCAUUCCCACGGCAUCGUCCACUGCGAUUUGAAACCGAGCAAUAUCCUCAUCUUCACCACCGGCCUCACCGAGGAGGAGCUCGAACUAUGUCGGAGCGCGGGCAAGGACCCGAUCCGCACAAAGCUCUGCGAUUUCGGGUUUGCUGUCAUCACCGAAGACUAUCCCGCGGAGAAAAUGUUUCAGGCGCGUGUGGGCAGUUAUCCCUGGAUUGCCCCCGAACUCGACGCGGAGCUGGCCAUCCCUAUGGAUCAGCUGCACAAAGCUGACAUUUACUGCCUUGGGCUAGUCAUGGCUGCGGCUUUCAUGGACGGUGUCCGCCCGUUUGAUGGAAUAUCGGACGAAGAUCUCCUGAAAAGCAAGCUUCUGGACCCGACGGAACCUGGAUCGGCUGCUAGCAUGCUUCUUGCCGAAAUCGAGAACAAGGUACAAAUCGACGCUUAUCAGCGAGAGUACAUUGAGGCUUUGCUCCACGGAACUUGCACACCUCUAGCCGACAACCGCGUUAGUCUACCAGCACUCCAAAAUUACCUAUUUCUCGGAAUAAUGCAGUGUCUGGGCGAGGGGGCGCCGGCUCUUCGAACCGACUACUUCCCGGACCUACGGGACGCCGGCGAUGGCUACAAGAAUGUCUUGCUCGCUUUCCAAAAGAAACAUGCGCCCGAACCGAAUAGUGCUCUUCCGCGCUCUGAAGCAGAUGUACGCGGACUAGAUAUCCUCAGUAACCUACGCAGCCGUCGCGAUGAACUAUACUCCACGAUUAUCGGAAACGCAGAAUUAGAAGAGACCCUAGCAAACUCCUUUGGAGACACCACCCUCCCUCCGUCUCAGGUUCGGCGGUUCGCGGCGACCAAGACAACGGAAGAAGGCGUAGAAUUGGCUGAGCAACUUGAAGAAAUUUGGGACAAGGCCAUGGUCAAAGUUCCGGAUUUUGCCUACGAGCAGGACAUCAUACCUUCGCUUCUGCCCCGAGUUUCUCGCAAAGAGCUCGUGAAUGACCUUGAGAAUCAGGCCUCCCAGGAUGUGGUGGCGGAUCCGCUUGCACUCUUUCACCUUGCCGGUGCCUACUUCAACGGCCAGCUGUGCAACCCGGAUCGGGAGCGAGGCCUGGCAUACCUAGUACAGGCCGCGAGCCUGAAAUGCCCCGAGGCCAUCUCAACGAUUAUCAACGUAUCCGAGGCAGCUGAAACCAAUCUUCGACUGAUGGGACACGAAGAGAUUCUACCGGCCGUUAAAGAGUACGGGACGCGAGUUUUCUCCGGUGCACAGGGAACUUUAUUUGACCUUGCGAUACCACGUCGAGUUGAGAAUAAUGUGAUUCUUGCCAAGACCUGGGCGAGGGAGUGGCCCGAGGAGUAUGAACAGUAUCUAAAAGAAACUAGAAGGAUGAUCAACACCGGUAUAUCAAUCAUCAAUAACCCCUUAUUCCUCCGGGCCAAGCCAAAGACCGGUGUCGCUGUUUUCGACUACGAUACCCUUACCUCACUUCCCGAACAUCUGUAUGACCGCUUCGACCUGACAAAAAAGACGGCUUUCAUAGAAGAGGUCCGAGCCAAAGGCUGCCUAGAAAUGUGCGACUCGACAGGCUUCACCAUGCUUCAGCGAGCAGCAAUCAAUGACGACAUCGCCCUCGCAGAAAUCCUCGUCGUGGACCUCGGCGCCGCCGUCGACGGAUGUGGCAACACUCACGGGUGGACACCUCUUCUUUUGAGCAGCCACUGCGGCUACUUUGAGCUCGCCAAGUGGUUCGCCGCCCAUGGCGCCAACGUGAGCCAGCGCGAGGAGCUCCACGGCGCGAGCAUCCUGCACUCUCUCAACCGUUAUACCGAGAGGGCCCACUGCGAGGGAAUCCUAGACCUCGCUCUCGAAGCUGACCUCGAUAUCAACUGCGCGAUGGACAACGGAUUGACCCCGCUGCAUGCGACCUUUACCGGGUGGGACUAUUCCGCGGGCGUGGCGGCGGAGUUGUUGGUGGAGUACGGAGGAGACCCGACGCGUGCCGCCCCUUCUUAUAAACAGGGCUCGGGUGUCGUCACUCCAAUUAGCCUAGCCGCAGAAGCCCUCAACGUCCCGUUACUCGAAAGAAUGAUUGCCGCGGUCGAGGCGACUGCUGCCUGGGCAGGCCAGUCCGCUGCCCGGCACCUUGUUCGGGCAAAGUCGGACGCGGUUCGUGAUGUAUUCGCCCACCCUGACUUCUACUACAUGGCCAGCGUGGGAAAGGAUUACAAGUCUAAACUUGUAGAUGUCUUGAGGGUGAUUGUGGACGUAGAUGUGCAGCGUACGUUGGCGAACCAGUCGAUUAGGGGCGGCGACGCCUCUGUAAAUGCGUGUUUGGUUCUCGCUUGCCAGACAGGCCGCGGCUACAUUACCGAAGCUCUGUUCAGCGCAUUCCCCCAAACGCCAGCGAUGAUGGAAACCGGAACGCAAGCGCCAAGACAGUACAUACACAUCGCUCUGGAGCGCCGUGGAAUUGAAGCGGUUCGCACUGGAUACAGAAAAACGGGGGACAAGUCCGUCAAGGAAAUAUUAGAGGAGCCCGAUGACACAGGUAUGACAGUCUUUGGGAAACUUCUCGAGGAAGGCUAUACCGAGGAGAGACAUCUCGCAGAGAAGCUAAGAGCAAAAUACGACUUGGCGUAUGAUUUCAACAUUCGGUCCGCAGAUGGCGACUGGAUGAGCCUCCCAGCUCAUCUCAUUGUGCUGGCAGCCCAUGGCGGGCUCAUCCCGAUAGACCAUAUAAAGUACCUUUGGAACUCAAGCCUGCUCCGCGCUUCGUCCCACUAUAGCCACGGCAUGCCCUGUCACCAACUCACGGCCUUCAUCCUCGAACAGUAUCCCGACUACAAAAACCUACUCUUAGGACCUGAUAGCCGCAACCCCUGGCACGUAGCAGCGUAUUGGGCCAACAACACCGCCAUCCAAAUGAUGCGCUCGCAUAUCCGGCGCAAGUACCCGCGUGAAAAGGAGCCCAUCAACGAGCGAGCGACCGGCAACACGCCCCUGGAUUAUGCUACGAUGGGAGUGCGCAAGAACGAGAUUGCAGGUGAACGAUCCGAAGGCAUGGCACUCGACAAGUCCCUCGCCCGACAAAUGGCAACCAGUGCGGCCCCUGGCGCGAGGCUUAUUCGGGUCCCAGUCAUCGAGCUCGUGUGGCGGUACGAUAAUUUUAUGAUUCGCUUUUAUAGGGGCCGACUUUCCUCGCUCAGCACGGAGUGUAUCGACCAAUUUGGCACAUACAUCAGAGAUAAGUGUAACGACAAAGACUUUAGAUACUUUGAAUCCGUUCAUCUUGAUGUCGGCUGCUUCCCAUACAUGACAUUAACGUAUAAACACCCAAUACCAGACACGGGCGAGAUGGUAGAAUGGAAAAGGGGUGGUAGAACUUGGACAAGAGCAGAGGUUGACGCUCUAAGAUCGCGAUUUGCCACAACUUGGGACCACUUCUUUGGACAGGAUGAAGAGGCCAUGUUCGCCGCCCUAGCUGGAACCGCGGGAGUUGCUUCAAUCUCAUAUCUGAGUCUUGCCGAUGGAGCGGCCCGCGGUCACAUGGCGGACCGGAACCCUUCCGAAUGUCGUAUGCCGCUAGAAAGUAUUUGCCCAGCACAGAGCCUAGUGAUCCUUUCCGCAGGUUGCAUCGAUAAAGGUGGCAUCAUGUCAGCGAUCAACCGAAUUGGGUUCACACAGCUAGAAGCAGGGGACGGGCCCUACCAGUUAAAUAUCGUGUUCGUGCAUGGCUUGGAGGGCCAUCCGCAGGAAACAUGGGGCUACGACCCAGAGCCAGACAAACCAACUCGCUUCAAGCGUGUUAGGCGCCACCUCGGGCUUACGAGGACGACCGCCGAACCGAGCGAAACCAAAGCACCGUCCUCCCCGCGAGGGUCGUUCUGGCCGGAGAAAUUUCUGACCAAGGACAUUCCCGACGCGAGAAUAUGGACUUAUGGGUAUAAUGCCGAUGUCAUGAAGAUUUUUCAGGCUGGGAAUCAAAAUAGUAUCUCGGCACACGCACGUGAUCUUGCUACACAAUUCGAGCGGGACCUAGAAAACGAAGAUCCAGUUGUGUUUAUAGCACAUAGUCUUGGUGGCAUCGUUGUCAAGGAUGCGAUGAAAAGUCUCCAGGUCAACAGUGAGAUUCUUGACAACAUCCAGGAUGAGUUCGUCGGCAUCGCACACGAACGGUCAUUCAAGAUACACUCCUUUCAAGAAGCCAAAGGAUUAUCAGGAGUGAAGGGCUUCCAUCGCAAGGUCGUUGAAGAUUUCUCCUCCAAAGUCGGCCUCCCACCAACACUCGAAACUAUCGAGACCUUGGAUGCCGAUCACAGACAAAUGGUGCGCUGCAUAACGAAGUCGGAUGCGCAGUACCGUGCAAUGCUUGGAGUUAUACAGAAGUUUAUACGCCAUAAUCUACAGUCAUCAUCCGUAAAUCUAGUGUCGGUACCAGAGAUGCCAACAGCUACACCUCAUAUCGCCGGGCACGAAUCCCCAGACCGUUAG